AUGACUGAAAUGAUGAAGACAAUGAGGGAAGCACAAGCUCAAGCACAAGUUCAAGCCCAGGCUCAAUCACAAGCUCUAGCUCAAGCACAAGUUCAAGCCCAGGCUCAAUCACAAGCUCUAGCACAAGCCCUAGUACAAGUUCAAGCACGAUCACAAGCGCCUCCACCUCCUCCUAUCAGUAUUCAGGCCGAAGCAUCUUCCUCUGCUAUCCCUGAAUGGACAAUAUGUGCCGACACUCCGACACACUCUACUCCACAACGUUCCGUGCCUUGGUUCCAGCCACUUACUGCAGGAGAAAUAUUCCGCCCUAUUGCUUGUGAAGCUCAGAUGCCUACCCAUCAAUACAUGGCUCAUGUUCCCCCGCCUCCCGUAAGAGUUCCUCCAGCCGUUAUGACCUACUCAGCACCUGUGAUGCAUACUAUUCCACAAAGUGAAGAACCAAUUUUCCAUUCAGGGAAUAUGGAGGCCAACGAUAAGGUGAAUGACUUACAAGAGAAGUAUGAGAUGAUGAACCAGGAAAUGAAAGCUCUCCGUGGGAAAGAGAAGUUUGGGAAGACCGCCUACGAUCUCUGUUUAGUGCCGAAUGUCCAGAUACCCCACAUAUUCAAAAUUCCAGAUUUCGAGAAAUAUAAAGGGAACUCUUGCCCUGAGGAACAUCUGAAAAUGUAUGCAAGAAGGAUGUCCGCAUAUGCCCGGGACGAUCAAGUCCUCAUUUAUUACUUUCAAGAGAGUUUGGCCAGUCCCGCCUCAAAAUGGUACACGAAUCUAGACAAAACAAAGAUCCAAACUUUCCGUGAUCUAUGUGAAGCUUUUGUGGAGCAAUACAGUUAUAAUGUGGAUAUGGCUCCAGAUCGAAGUGAUCUUCAAGCUAUGACUCAAGAGAACAAGGAAACAUUCAAGGAGUACGCACAGCGAUGGAGAGAUACCACUGCCCAAGUCAACCCGCGUAUAGAGGAAAAGGAGAUGACCAAACUCUUCUUAAAAACUCUCAACUCUUUCUACUACGAAAGGAUGGUUGGAAGUACGCCCAAGAACUUUGCUGAGAUGGUUGGUAUGGGUGUGCAGUUGGAAGAAGGGGUCCGAGAAGGACGUUUAGUAAAAGAUGCAACUUCUGCCAGUGGAACCAAGAAAUUCGGGAGUCACCUCCCAAGAAAGAAAGAACAAGAAGUCAGUAUGGUGGCUCAUGGAAGACCUCAACAAACUUAUCCAAUCCAUCAACCCGUUGCUGCUAUCACACCCGCCGCCCAUACUAUUCAACCAACAAAUAGCCAUCCUCAAUCCCCACAAUAUCCUCAAAUCCCACAAUAUCCUCAACAACAAUAUCCUCAACCACAAUAUCCUCAACAACAAUACCCUCAACAAAAUCUCCAACAACCGUACCAACAACGCCCAUAUCAACAACAACCUUAUCAACAACAACAACCUCGACCACCAAAGAUGCCGAUUGACCCAACCCCUGUCCCCUAUGCAGAGCUGCUUCCAGGGUUACUCAAGAAAAAUUUGGUCCAAACUAGAGCACCUCCUCCGGUACCAGAAAAAUUGCCGUCCUGGUAUAGACUUGACCAGACUUGCGAUUUCCAUCAAGGGGGUCGUGGUCAUAAUAUUGAAACCUGUUAUGCCUUUGAAAGCACGGUACAGAGGCUAAUCAAUGACGGAAAGAUAACUUUUACGGACUCAGCACCGAAUGUUCAAACAAAUCCAUUACCAAACCAUGGUGCUCCAGCCGUCAACAUGGUCGAAGAUUGCCAAAGGACUCACCUCAUUCUUGACGUCCAACACAUCCAAACACCCCUAGUCUCAUUACAUGCCAAGUUAUGCAAAGUGAACCUUUUUGAGCAUGAUCAUGAUAUCUGCGAAGUGUGCCAGCUAAAAUCCGGGGGAUGUCAGAAAGUAAGAGGUGAUAUUCAAGGACUUUUGGACCGAGGAGAACUCAUUGUCGAAAGAAGCUGUGAUGAUUUAUGUGUUAUAACUCCUGAACAGCCUUUUGAGAUAUUCUAUGAUAGUCGGAAGUCAACAGCUACUCUUUUAGUGAUCUGCUUGCCUGGUCCAAUACCGUAUGUAUCCGAGAAGGCUAUUCCUUACAAAUACAAUGCCACUAUGAUAGAAGGUGGUCAUGAAGUUCCAAUACCGCCUUUGCCUUAUGUGAGUAACGUGGCUGGGGACAGUAGAAUACUGAGAAAUGGGCGUGUUGUUCCUAUAGUGUUCCCGAAGAAAGUUAGUGCUCCAAUGAUUGAGGAAGCUCCGGCUAAGGAUCCCCGUGCUGUCAAAGAGGUAAGCCAGUCCAAUGGGGCCGAUGCAAGUUCAGAGUUCGAUGAAAUUCUCAAGUUGAUAAAGAAGAGUGAAUACAGGGUUGUUGACUAA